AGCAUUUAGAAAAUGGAAAUUAGUAUGUUCACUAUUUAAGACCUAUGCCCAGAGCAAAGCCUUCAGAAAACCUAGAGUCCAAGGUUCAAAGUUACCCACCUCAAGUAGCCUAGCAAUAUUUGCAACAUCCCAAUGGCCCUGUCCUUUUCUUUACUGAUGGCCGUGGUGGUGCUCAGCUACAAAUCCAUGUGCUCUCUGGGCUGUGAUCUGCCUCAGACCCACAGCCUGGGUCAUAGGAGGGCCUUGAUACUCCUGGCACAAAUGGGAAGAAUCUCUCCUUUCUCCUGCCUGAAGGACAGACAUGACUUUGGAUUCCCCCAGGAGGAGUUUGAUGGCAACCAGUUCCAGAAGGCUCCAGCCAUCUCUGUCCUCCAUGAGAUGAUCCAGCAGAUCUUCAAUCUCUUCAGCACAAAGGACUCAUCUGCUGCUUGGGAACACAGCCUCCUAGAAAAAUUUUCCACGGAACUUUACCAGCAACUGAAUGACCUGGAAGCCUGUGUGAUGCAGGAGGUUGGAGUGGAAGAGACUCCACUGAUGAAUGAGGACUCCAUCUUGGCUGUGAGGAAAUACUUCCAAAGAAUCACCCUCUAUCUGAUGGAGAAGAAAUACAGCCCUUGUGCCUGGGAGGUUGUCAGAGCAGAAAUCAUGAGAUCCCUCUCUUUUUCAACAAACUUACGAGAAAGAUUAAGGAGGAAGGAAUGAAAGCUGGUUCAACAUGGAAAUGAUCCAUAUUGACUAAUACACCAUUCCACACUUCCAUGACUUCUGCCAUUUCAAAGACUCAUUUCUGCUAUGACAACUACACGAGUUGAAUCAAAAUUUUCAAAUGUUUUAAGGAGUUUAAGGAAACAUCAUGUUUACCCGUGCAGGCACUAGUCCUUUACAGAUGACCAUGCUGAUAGAUCUAUUUAUCUAUCUAUUAAAAUAUUUAUUUAUUUAUUUAUAAGAUUUAAAUUUUUUCCAUAUAUUAUUAUGUAUACUUUUACAUUGUAUUUGUUAUAUUGAAAUAUCUUCUUUAUAUUUAGUCAGUAUAUUAUUUUGCUUUUUUAUUAAUUUUUAGUAUUAAAACUUCUUGUAUUAUUUGUUUAUUCUUUAAUAAAGAAAUACC